CGGCAAAAGGGCCGGCGGCACAAUGGUCUAAAUCGUGUAACUGUCCUUGAUGUUUGGAAAAAGGUACAAUUCUCCUCAGCCGGUUGCCAGUAACCAGUUAAUGCUACCAUAUAUAAAAAAUGAAUACUAUGGUAAAUCGUGGAAUUUUUCAGGCUCAAUUAGCAGUAAUUUUGGAUAAACUAACCAAAGCUGCGGUUGCCGAAAUUGGAAAAGUGGCCGAUGAGUGUUCUGCUGCGAUGCAUUCUGAAGUCUUUCAGCACAAGAAUGAGAUUGAGGCACUGAAGAAAAAAUGCUAUUUACUCGAGAUUGAAUUAAGGGCUUCGAGGAACACACACCAUAAGGCAACUGGUCCGAGUGGGAUUCGGGCAUCUGAUGAAUUUAACGGUCUCCACCGGGACGCGCCAGUUGCCAUAGAUGGUGUGUUUGGAAAAGACUGGUGUAUGAACCUAUGGAAAGAAGGCAAACCCCCUCAAGAAGAGUCGGUGGCAUCCCACAGUUUGAGAGAUGUAACCCAGGCAAUAAACUUGAUCGACAACGAGCCUGAACUGAUCUUUGUCAAAGAGGAGAUGUUCGAGGACAGACCAACAGGCCAACAACAGAAGGGACUUGCAGAGGACAGAGAAGGGUGUGUAUCAGCUGUGGACGGCAUGGCAGUGGGAGCAAUUGAAGAUCUUCAUCUCUAUGAAAGUGGCAUCAACCCAUAUCCAAUGCCUACUGACAUCCAACAGGAACAAGGCGCAGCCUCCACCUCUAUGGAAAACCUAAUAGAAGACCCAUCUCUAGCUUCUCAUAUAGACACAGCAGCAGACCCUAUUACUGGGGAGGACAUAGACUUCCCAGGUAAUAUGAAUAUAGAUACUGCAAGAAAACCAACACACUAUCACAGACCAGGAAAGGACCAGAAGCAGUUUGACUGCUUGUUUUGUGGGAAGAGCUUUAGUUACAUGAGCUACUUGAAAGUCCACAUCCGACGUCACUCUGGAGAGAAGCCUUUCUGCUGCACGGUUUGUGGCAAGAGGUUCGCUCAGAAAACAUAUCUGAAACUGCAUCAGCGCACCCAUUCAGGAGAAAAGCCAUACAGCUGUAUGGAGUGUGGAAAAAGUUUCUCCCAGAAAAGCUCUUUGAAUGUACACAUCAGAAGUCACACAGGGGAGAAGCCAUACAGCUGUGUAGAUUGUGGAAAGAGUUAUGCCUAUAAGCAUGGGUUUAACCAACACCAAUGUUUCAACUGAUAGAAAUAGUAGCCUAGAUUAGUAAUAAAAAACAGGACAGCAUCUGUAGGGAGAUGAGGGUGUUUUUUAUUGAGAUGUCUUCCACAAUCGGAACAUUGAAGGCCCUGUAAAGUUAUUGCUAAAUAAUAUAUAUCCUUGCCGGGUAGGUCAUGAAUACAAAAGUUUUUAACAAAUCUAUUCUAUUCUAACAAAAACACAUAUUCUUGAGUUGAGUCCAUUGAGGUUUCUAUGAGUGUGCAUGUAAUAUGCAAAUUCGAUCCAUUGCAUAGAAGGGACACAUGCUGAUUGCUAACAUGUGGUAUAGAUCUGAGGAGAAUAGAACAGAGUUCACUUGUUGAAUUGGUGGAAUAUUCUGAUACUGAGAUGAGGUCACUCCACCUGUUGAUCCAAGAAAUUCAGUAUCCAUAACACAGGGUUAAAUACCAAUGGAAUUCUUAUCUUUUGUGAUGAUUGUAGUAGGUAUCAAACAAAAAUACCUAAAUAAUGAGUAAAUUAGUCUAAUUACAUUAGAUGCAACUUUAUAGUCCUUUUGCACAGUUCGAAUACAGAGCCAUUGAAGCCAGAAGACCCAGACCAGAUAGACUGAGCUAUAUAAAGUGUGAACAAGGUAGGUUAUAAUGACAAUAGGGAAGUGGAACAAUGCAAUAACCAGCGCUAGCUUGUUGAGUAGUGGAACAUGCAACAGUACAGUGUAAUGAAAUACGAGACAAUAAACAGAUAUACUAAAGUACAGUAUAAAUGACUUUACAGGGUCUUUAACGUUACCGUUUCCUACAACAAACACUGCCUUUUUUCUUUAUCACAAGAUCAACUUAAGGGUUGUCUACGCAGACACUUUCCCAUCUCACAAGCAUUUAUCGGAAUCAAAAAAGUUCAAUGUAUCUUUCUAGAGCAGGCAGUAGGCUGUUCACGUUUCCCACAUUACAGAUGUUCCAGUGGGAUAAAGGCCAGUCAUGUAGCCUACUGUGCUCUGGGUGAAAAGUCAUGCAAAUUAUUGAUACGAUGAUUCUUCUCAGUUACCCUCAGAAUCUGCCAAAGACAAAACUAAAUUCACAAGAUGUUAUCAUUAGAUAAAGAUCCCAAAUUGACAGCAGGUACUGUAUGAUACACCUGGGCAAACCAAAUAAUCAACAUUACAUUUGUGUGUAGAAGCCUACCAACAUUUAACUUCAGUCUUCAACAUGGAUAUCUUUUUAUGAUUUCCUUCUCCGAAAUCUUUUCUUUGGUUUCAGUUGACAAGGACCAUGUCAGCUGUAUCAAAGGAUAAUGUCCUGUAUUGUAAUGUCUAAUCUUUGUCAGAAAUAUACAGCAUGUGCUAGUUUUUGAGUAUUUAAUUUGAAUUGUGCUGUAGGCUACAUCCUGUUUUCAUUUUUUUCAUUUUCUCUUUACUUACCAGUGAAUUUCAAAAAAAUGUAUUUGCCUUAAAAAUCAUUGAUAUAGUUAUUUUACUCUAUAAUACUUGUUAUGGUGUUUGUGCGUCCCAAAAAAUACAUUGGCCUAUUCUUUUGCAUUAUUUUUAGCAAGCACAAUAAAAUAC